CGCGUUUCUGAGUAGUAAAAUUACUUACCACCAAGGCACCUACGAAAAAUGAUUAAUACGUUAUUAAUAUUACAAUAAAUUAGUAUUUACUUUUUUGCACGCGCUCCCUGCACCUAUUUAUAUGGUACCCAAACACUACAGUCUUCGCGUCGUAUAAAAUGAGCAGUCGACAAAAACACCCAUCUACGUCGUAAGGUUCUCAGUGGUACGGAAGACGGUGUUACCUGACCCGCCACCGCCGGACAUACAGUACAUCGAAUCGCCAAAAUUGUCCGUCGUCCCUCGUCCGUUGGUCACAAUUUCGAAAAGAAAUAUUAUCAGAAUGGAGACUGACUGUAAAUCAAUUUCAAAUCAAAAAAAUGAAUCUACUCCUAAUCCAAGUUAUAAUUGGAAGGAUGUUACUCCAGAAUUUUUUGAUUCAAUCAAAGAGUUAGAAUUAGGCGAACUUUUACAUGGCUACUUUUUUGGUUUGUUUGAAGCAAUGUCAGCCAUUGAAAUAAUGGAUCCCAAAAUGGAUGCUGGAAUGAUGUGCAAUCGUGAAUCAAAAGCAAUAAAAUUAAAAGAUUUGAAAUUAAGUGACCUUUCUGUGUCUGAACAAAUAUCGAUAAUAGAUGUUACAUUAGCUUGUCUUGUAUCAUGGCUUGAAGGGCAUUCUUUAGCACAAACAGUGUUCACAAAUCUUUAUUUUCAAAAGCCAUAUGAAAUUGAAGUUGUUCCGUUGAAAGCAUUUUGUAUAUGCAUUUAUAAAAUUAUUGAAGAAAUUAGGGACUUUGCUAACAGGGCACAAGUUUUUGAAGAAGAAGAUUUUCAACCUGCGCUUUAUAACUAUCAUUAUUUUAAUGAGAUUUCUGUCACUCGUGUGAUUGGUAUGAUGAGAGAAGUUGAUGAGUCUAUAAGUCAUAAAUUAAAAUCAAAUGCAAAUAGUGAUGAAAAUGAAUCCUAUAUUGCAUUAAAUACACGAAUUAAGUUUGUUAGACUUUUUUUUCAAAUUUUACUUUCUUUUAAUCGACGUGAGAAUCAUUCAAGUUCAAUGGGAGAGACUCAGAGGUUGUUAACUACUUGUGGAUUAUUGAUUCCUUCUUUAAUAAACACUGUGGAUAAAGGAGUUCCCAAAGUUGGCAACUGGUGUUAUGAUUUGGGCUUUGAUCCACUAAUAAAUCAAAAAUUGUUACCGCCUACAUUUCCUCGUUAUACAAAAAUUAAACCAGCUGAUGAAGCUUAUGUUUAUUUUGAUUCAUUGUUAACAAGACUGAAACAAAUUUGUAAACUGACAAAUUGUGUUACUUAUAUUAGUGCUUUGGAAUGUUUUAUUGAACUUGGUCACAAUAAUCACUUAUGUAUUGUAUCAAGAUCGAUUAUGCAAACUCUAUAUUUUCCUCAAACUAACCGAGUAUUUGGUACUCAGGAUUUUGAGGAUUGUCUUAAAGAAUGGGCUAAAGCAUUUAUAGCACCACCAUCACUUAUACCACGCUUAAAUAUUUUAUCAAAUUCUCAAGCUAAGGACUGUAUACAUAAUUUUUUUGACCAUUGCACUCGUCCAUUUGCUGGGUUGAUACAAAUUUGUGGCCAUAAUAAAGCUAGACAAAGAGAUAAAUUAGCACAUCUUAUGGAAGAUUUUUCAGCACUACAAGAUGAGUCUCAGAGGGUUGAUGCUUUUUUGCACUCGUUUUCGUCAAAAUUGGAUCCACCUAGAGAACAUUUAGCUAGCUUUAGCACAUGGAUAAUUUAUCAUACGAUUAGAAUUAUGAUAAUGUACUUACUGUCUGGUUUUGAAUUGGAACUGUAUAGUCCUCACGAAUAUCAGUAUAUUUAUUGGUAUUUAUAUCAAUUUUUGUAUGGUUGGUUAGUGUCUACAUUAAAUAGAGCUGAUAAUGUAUUGCUUGGCAAUGAUUCACUGGUUGAUUCUCAAAAAAAUCGAACAAAACGGAAUAAGCCUAAAAAGAAAAAACCACAUCCAUAUAGUCAAGAAAUUAUUAUGUGCCAUGCAAUGCAAAGUUUAACUGGUGCUUAUUUCAAGACAUUGAUUGGAUUCCAAUUAGAAGGUAAAAUUCGGACACCAAAACAUGCAAAAUUUGAUAAUGAAAAAGUUCGCUAUGAACACAGAUUUGCUGCAUUCUCAGCAGUAGCUGUGCCACCACCGUUUUCUUAUAAUGAAUUUCAAAUGACUAGAUGUCAAGUACGUGAUUCAGCAUCUGGAGAUUCUGGAAUAUUAUAUUUAAAUAGCUGUGAGCUAUUUCAUCAAGCCAGGUGUCUUCUAGAUACAAUUGCACAACCACACUCGCAACAAGUACUUGAUUUAAUAAAAGUAUGUAAAACAAACUUUGUCACCAUGAAGUUGCUAGCUAGUGGAUAUAUGAGAGGACCAGAUGUAUCAUUGGACUUUGAUUUUACAACUAAUUCUCACUUUCCUAUAUUAAAGCUCAGCUAAUUUUGAACAAUAUUUUUAGACUAAAAUGAUAUUUAAUUAUUUAAAGACUGUUUGAAUCCAAAAUAAUUAAACACAAAAUAAUUUAAUCAUUAAAAUUGUAUGUGGCAUUUGUUUUUUUUUUUAUUAUUGUAUAAAUGUGUUGAAAUGUGUUGUGAUGUAAAAAAAAAAUCCUUUUUGUCUAAUAUAUCAAUUAAUAUACAUAAUACUUAUUAGUAAUAUAUGUAUAUAAAUAUAUAAUGUGUGAUACAAGAAAA